AUGUUAACCGUUUGUGUGAUAUUGGUAGUCUCUAUGAUCGCUGAAGUGGUGUCAAGGCCAGAACUUUACCAUUGGCGUAAGUCUAUUACUGAAUUUGGGUCAAACUUUUGUGAUGCACUUGAUGAUACUUAUAGUAAUCAUAAAAGUUUAGAAAGAAGGUCGAUGGAUUGCGCGUGGGUAGAUUACAGUAGCCCAAUUACUCAGUGUGCCUUGAGGGGAUCGGAUUGGCAUUUCUCGGACUUUGGACAGGAUUGCUUUGAGGCCUUCGAUCCGGCCAGUAAAGUAAGUGAAGCCGCUUUGUUGCUGUUAUAGUAACCUCAGAGUAAUGUGCUAACUAUGAUGAAAGAUGGGCUAGGGCAAUGAGAAAUCAUUUCAAGGCUGCAGAAAAAUUUUUAGCUCUCGCUUUACAAAAAUUAAUGGAUUAUAACCAUUUGAACCUCAAAAAGUGCCGCUUUUGUUGUAAUCCGCCAAUAACUGGGCGGAAACUAGAUGCCCCCCAAAUUAAAAAAACAAAAAAAUUAUUUGCAGACGAUCCAAAAUCUCUGCCCAUUGAACUGCCAGAAGACGGAUGAAGCCGUAAUCCUUGGGAAAAUCCCCUCCAACAGUCAUAAAUGUGCGCAGCACUUUAAUUAUGGCCUCCGGAAACAUAAUGACGAUGUUGUUUUAUGGAGAUCGGGUGUUUGUUUGAAUGAAACCCUCAGAUUCGAGGUCCGAUGUGGAUUCCCGUUCUCUCAACGGGACUUUGUAUCAGCCAAAGGUCUGCUUUCCUCGGUUUUGUAA